UCUUCAUUCUGCCCUCGCUCACCACCGAGGCGACAUGAGGGCCGCACCGCUGCUGCUGGCUCUGCUGGCGACGACCUUUGCUGCAGACGAGUCCUGUGUGGGCCGCUGUGAGACCGGCUUCAGCUCCCUGAAGAAGUGCCAGUGUGACUCCAUGUGCAAAUAUUACCGGAGCUGCUGCUUUGACUUUGAGGUCACCUGCGGCGUGACGACUCGCGGGGACACGUUUGCCGAGGACGACGACGGCGACGAAGGCGGCGAGGUGUUCGAAGGUACCGCUCCGCCGCCUCGGCCCACGCCGCAGCCCGUCCCAGACUUUGGGCCUCGCCGUCCAGAACCAGCGCCAGAGAUGACCGAGCCCCCCCGACGGAUAGAAACCAUAUGGAACACCCCCGUGACGCAGAAGACCCCCGUCGCCCAGACGGCGGCCCCACCUGCAGAGACGAUUCCCAUCCCAACAAGGGACGCUGCAGCUGAGACCACCGCGGUUCCCAUGACGACAGCUGCCGCCGUCACCACCGGAGGCCCGAAGGACCCGGACGCCGAUGCCUGCAGCGGGAGGCCUUUUCACUCCUUCAUGCAACAGAAGAAUGGCUCCAUUUUUGCUUUCAGGGGGGACUACUUUUUUCAACUGGGCCAGAAGUCAGUGGUUCCGGGUUAUCCAAAGCUCAUAAAGGACGUGUGGGGCAUCGACGGGCCGAUCGACGCCGCCUUCACCCGCGUCAACUGUCAGGGGAAGACCUACAUCUUCAAGGGAGACAAGUACUGGAGGUUUGAGAACGGCGUUCUGGAUGAAGACUAUCCUCGAGACAUCAGCGUGGGCUUCGACAAAAUUCCCGAUCACGUGGACGCGGCGUUCGCUCUUCCGGCUCCCGGGCACGACGGAAGAGAGAAGGUCUACUUCUUCAAAGGCGGUCAGUAUCACACGUACGAGUUCUUGCAUCAGCCGUCUCACGCGGAGUGCGUCGGCAUGUCGGAGAGUUCUCCGUCCGCGCUGUUCCGGCGCUACACCGAGCUCUACUACAACAACUACGAGCGCGGCGUCCUGGAGCUGUUCUCUGGCUCGCCUCAGCAUCACGACAAACACCGCUUCAUCGACCGGGACUGGACGGGCCUGAGGGCUCCGGUGGACGCCGCCAUGGCCGGCAGGAUGUACGUGCCUCCGGCGAGGCCCGCCAGACGCCACGACGAUACCGGGCCCGACCAGCAGGGGGGGCAACAGCGAGGCCAGCAGUGGAACCAGCAGUGGAACCAGCAGUGGAACCAUCAGGGGAACCCCCAGUACCAGCAGUACGGACAGCAGUGGGACCAGCAGUGGGCUCGGAGGAGGCAACGCCGCUCGCCCGCCGGCUGGGGGGCCGCGGCUGAGCGGGGGACGAACGUGGGGCAGGAAUAUGCGGAGAGGGGGAUGGAGAUGGGUCUGAGGUUGGCGGAGAGGAGGAUGGAGAUGGGUCUGAGGUUGGCCGAGAGGAGGAUGGAGAUGCAAGAGAGGCUCGGGCGGGACUGGGAACGACGGUGGAAUCAAGACUGGGACCAGCACAGACGUCAAGAUGGCCACCGUCAGAACCACGGGGGCCACUACGACUCCAGAGGCGACCGGGGGUCCGUCCAGGGGGUUCUGCCCAUCCAGAGCAUCUAUUUCUUCAAAGGAGCGACGUACUACCGAGUCGACCUCAAGACCAAGAAGGUGGACCUCGCCACGCCUCCGUAUCCCAGGUCCAUCGCCAAGUACUGGUUCGGAUGUUCAGACGCCACCGGGGCAGAAAAGUAGUUUUUAACCUCUGAGGUUAUUUUUAUAUGUUCAUUUGGACUUGAAGUUAAUUUAAUUUUACCCCGAGCCGGCCGUGCUGUCUGUUGAACGUAUAACACGCCGGCUCAGCAGGAAUAACUGCUGGUUAUUUGGCAAAUGUUCAUCAAUCAAAGUCCACACACUGCUGCUCGGCCUCAACGGGGUCAAAGUUCAACUUGAUGAAACUUCUCUUGUCUUAACAUCAGCUGACCUGCUAAAUUAAACACAACUAUAUAAUGAUAUGAGUAGGCGUAGAAGACAUUUAAAUGGAAUUUAACGGCCACAUUUAUACAUAUAUAUAUAUAUAUAUAAUAUAGUUAUAUAUAUAAAUCUAAUUAUAUAUUUAGAAUAUAUAUAUAUUAUAUUAUACAUACAUAUAUAUUAUUUAUAUAUAUAUAUUUAUUUAUAUGUAUAUAUAAACAUAUAUAUAUAUAUCAACAUUUUUAUUUUCCCUUUAAUAAUUAGAAGCAUAUAUACGGGGGAAAACAAAAUAUAGCAGGGUUUAUAAUAAUAAUAAUUCAUCAAAGGCUCAGAAACAUUUACAGAUUAUCAGUUAUGAGAAAAAAGAAAAUCCGGACAUUAUAAUUGCUAAAGUGUUUUACUCAACAUGUGACUCAGCAGAGGUCAGAGGUCAGCGGCAGGCGGGACUUUGACCGAUCGUAAUCAUAGAAACAUUAUUUACGACUCCAGAGAGGAACAUAUAAUACUACAAUAAAUACAUAAAUGUUUAAACGAUGUACUGUGUUACAGAGCGAGUCGCCUUUGAUUGCAUGUUCACAACCGGUUACUGUCUGUCUUGUACUUGUAUCCAUGAUAAGUAAAAACAACCGUGAUCAAGAACUCACUUCAUGAUGCUUUGAGACGCA